CAGUUAGCUAUUUAAUUAGUGUUUUGGGGGCAUAAGGCUGCAGAGUCAUGUGUUUUUGUCGGAGUCCGGUCUGACUGCUUUAUUCCCCGUAUUUCUGAGCUCUCAGAGGGAACGAUGCGUUUGUUCGUCUCUGCUGUUCUAGUGUGGGCUAUCUCAGCUUCAGAGGCCAAAGCAGUCCCCUCUCCUCCAGAUUUUGGAAACAGCUAUCAUGUCAAAGGUGUGAUUUCUCUUCCCUAUGCUGAGAUCCAUGAGCCAUUCGAGGGCUGGUUAGACCUAGCUGCAAAGUCCAGCCGUAUAGACUACUAUCAUGGCCAGGUUUCCACAUUCCAGCUGGGGGCAGAGCAGCCGUGGGGAGUUUCUUAUAAAAUCUCUCCUGAGACCACAGAGGUAGAGCUGAAUGUGAUGAAGUGUUUCGAGGUCAACGGAACAAAGAAUGAAACGGUGACGCCACAGGCAUCGCUGCCUGAUGUGCAGGGCUUCCAGUUCCUGAGGAUGGAGUACUACGGAGGUUCCUUGUGUGAAGUCUGGCAGAACGUGACCACCGUAGGUUACAAGAAGAAUACCUACACACUUUGGGUGACUCAUUCAGAAAAAGGUGAAGAUGGCAUGGAAGAGCCUCCGACGCCGCUCCAUUAUGAGAUGAUGGGAUACAACACACUUCUGGGGUCUCAUUAUGACAAGUACUUGGUGGACUACAAAGAGUUCAGCACUCAUGUGGAUCCUAAAGUGUUUACCCUUCCUGACGGGAUGAGCUGUGGGGGAUUUCCUGGUCCAGGAGUGGAGCACCACAUGUUGGCCAAUCCAAUGAAAGAUCUAAUCCACACCUCAGCAUCAGGCCACUCACAGCGCAUGUUCAGUCAUUUCAAGGAGAAGUUCCAGCGUCAGUACAGCGGGGAAAGAGAGCAUGAGAAAAGGGAGCACGCCUUUGUUCAUAACCUCAGGUACGUCCACUCCAAAAACAGAGCAGGGCUUCCCUUCUCUCUGGCUCUGAACUCUCUGUCAGAUCGCACCAUGUCAGAGCUGGCUGUCAUGAGAGGAAGGAAACGUGGAAAGACCCCAAACAGAGGGCUGCCUUUCCCUAGAGAGGUCUAUGAAGGGGUGGAGGUACCGGAUUCUCUUGACUGGAGGCUUUAUGGGGCUGUAACUCCAGUUAAGGAUCAGGCGAUCUGCGGCUCCUGCUGGAGCUUUGCCACCACUGGAGCAGUAGAGGGCGCUCUCUUCCUAAAGACGGGCUCCCUGCAGGUUCUGUCUCAGCAGAUGCUGGUGGACUGUUCCUGGGGUUUUGGCAACAAUGGCUGUGAUGGAGGGGAGGAGUGGAGAGCGUAUGAGUGGAUCAUGAAGCAUGGAGGCAUUGCUACAACAGAAACUUACGGAGCUUAUAUGGGAAUGAAUGGAUUUUGCCAUUUGAACACGUCCCAGCUGACUGCCCAUAUCCAGAGUUACACCAACGUCACAUCAGGAGACGCAGAGGCCCUGAAACUGGCUCUCUUUAAAAACGGGCCGGUGGCCGUGAGCAUCGAUGCUUCACAUCGAUCAUUUGUUUUCUACAGCCACGGCGUCUACUAUGAACCUGCCUGUGGUAACACACCUGACGACCUUGACCACGCUGUGCUUGCAGUGGGAUACGGCACCCUGAACGGGGAGCCAUACUGGUUGAUAAAGAACUCGUGGUCUACCUACUGGGGCAAUGAUGGCUACAUCCUCAUGUCUAUGAAAGAUAACAACUGUGGCGUCACGACUGAUGCCACGUACGUCACGCUGGCAUAGAUCUGCCGUUUGCUCUUUACAGUGAUCUUUGUUAAUACCACUAUGUGAGUGCCUGAGGAUGAAUGACACCUAAUCUUGUCAUGGUCAGAUUUAGCUGUUUUUUAAUGCAUUAUUUAAAUUUGGCGUUGAAUUCAGAUGCUGUGUAACUCGCUCUCACAACAAACGUGCUUUUUCAGAUGUGAUUUGGACAUGUGGCUCACGCUGUGGCUACAGUGCCUUCAUUUCAGUUGUACCAAGUACGCUCUGUGACACAUUUCCACUUUAAUUUUUAUUUGACAAGAUUAAAUGCACUGGGCUGGAAUCAUUGCAAUAAAAAUGAAUUGUUUACAA